AUAAACUGAACAACGAGCACGCUAGAAAGGUAGAAAGUUCUCGAUACUCAAGAACUCCAAUCUUGCUCACUGUGACGAUUCAUCAUUUAACUGCUAUUGUUCACCUUACUUAAAAAAUGGCACUUAGAACUUUCGAUGAGGUGAAGCUCGAUAUCGACGAUAUCGAAACUCUCCUUCCCCAGGCCAAGCGUCAAAAAACAAAAGACCUGCUGGGCCUGGAGUUACGAAAACUGCAAACAGAACUGGUAAAGCUGAAGGAUAUAGAGAGACAAGCCAACGAAGGAUCAAAGCCUUUACCCACAAAUUCUGAUUCCAAAUGCUAUACUAUUAAAUUAACAAAUUAUGCAUGGGACGACUCAGACAACUUUAUGAAGUUGUACAUUACAUUGAAGAAUGUUCACACACUGCCGGCUGAGAACAUAACCUGUGACUUCGAAGAAACCUCCAUGCAUCUUCGUGUCAAUGGCCUCGAUAAAAAAAAUUACCAUCUACCAAUUUCCAAUCUGUGUGAGGCUAUUAAUCCGGACAAGAGUUACACAAAAACCAAAACUGAUAUGAUUGUUGUAUUUUUGGCUAAGAGAACAGCAAAACGUUGGUCACACGUCAGUGGCAUCGAGAAGAGGCUGAAAGAGGCAAAGGCCUUACCAGUCCCUAACAUGGGCGACGGUGACAAUGCAGAAGCGGGUCUCAUGAAUCUCAUGAAGAAGAUGUAUACCGAGGGUGAUGAUGACAUGAAGAGGACCAUUGCAAAAGCUUGGACUGAGAGCCAACAGAAAAAGGGCUUAUCGGGACCAGAUUUUCCGAACAUGUAGAAACUCCUUUGACAUUCUAUUACUCUUGUUUUGGUUUGAGUUCUGUCAUUGCCAUAAAGUGGAAUAAAUAUGUGGUCAAAGGUUGGAUGAAUUUCAAUGACACUUUUACUUUCACUCGAUCAGGACCUCUCGAUCUACUCCAUGAAUUUCAUGAAUUCAAGGAUAAUAGAUUGAAAAAAACUAGGUCUUUUUUCUUCAGAAUGUGGCAAUUUAUUUAUUCAAAGUGUUCAUUCUUCAUUCAACUUUUUUCUCGUUCAAUCGAACAAUAUGCAUUACAGAGCAAUUUCACUUCUACAAAUGAUAUUUUAAUUAAUUAAAAUAUGAAACAAUCCACUUCUAUAAAAAUCGAAAAAAUGAGUGUAAAUGAGUACAAUAAAUAAGCAACAUUCAAGACAAUGGAAAUGUUUUUAGUACACACUAGUACUGCGGGUAAACCGAAGUACGGGUCAUCACUUGACAUAGUAAAAUAAAAAUCCUCAGUAUCGGGGAGGAACGUAAUACUGAAUACAUAGAAUAUGGCGAUGAAAUUUGAGAUUAGUAAUGGCAAUAAUCGUCUACGACGUAAACUAAUCUCGCUUGAAUACUAAUACUAAUGAGUACGCUUGAAAUUAUAAGUAAAUAAUUUAAAAAAGGAGUAUUUAUCCCAAUUGUAAUUGUCGUUGGUUGUACGUAUCACUGCAUAUAUCACCCAUCGAGUCAUCAAUAAUGAAUUAUCAAAAGCUGUUUUGUAAAAUGUAUAGUCAAGUCAAGUCUUUGGUUUUCGAAGAAAAUCUGGCAGAUUUUCUGUGCGUUUUAUACUACUGGGAAUGGAGUUUGCACGCGACCGUUUGCUGGACUUCGCCAUUAGACACGUGAAAUACUUCUGUCAUUGUUGACUGCGUUCUCGUCAUGAGAGAUUCAAUGUCAUUGGGUCCCAGACCCUCUGUAGAAAUUGGGGGUAAAGUUGUGAUGAUAACUCGCCCUGCAAACAUGAAAGCUCUUGAAGACAAUAUUAAGUGGAUAAAUAAAUAUUUUGAUGAAUUAAUAAAUUUGAUAGCUGAAAAAUAUGGACUCUACGGUAGCAAAUUGUAAAAGAUACUCAAAUAUCCUGAGUCCUCUAUAUUAUAAUUACUAAUCCAUUACAGAGAACUUAUUCUACCUGGAUCGAAUCUCUUUUCGUUUGUGUUCAAGAAGUAAUACGAUGAGAAUACUACGGGUAGAAUAGGCAAUUGAGAGUUAAUAGCCAUGUGAAAAGCCCCUUUCUUGAAAGGAUGAAUUUCCCCAUCGUUGUAUCUCGUGCCCUCAGGAAAAAUCCACAAUUUAAUCUGUAAAAAAAAUAAAUUUGUAGACAAGUAAUUA